GUCUAAUCGUACUAUCGUUAUGCGUACAAACACGCUGAACAAUUUAAAAUGUGAGCAAUUCCAGCAUGUCUUUAACAACAAUAAAGCGAAUGGUAAAACACAGGUUCGCCAACAUAGAUAUCGUACCGAAAUAACGACACGAACGGUUUACUUCAUCUACUCAAUACUCGGCUGGUGGCUACACAAAUCGCAAAAAGAAAAUAUUUCUUACCUACCUACAUAAAAAAUUUCCUACUUCUUUCGUUUGUAUAAAAAACAAAAACAAUAAUAGUUUCGUUAGCCGACUAUUAACAUUAUUAUUUUGUUUUUCGUGUCAUUUUAUAUGUAAGUAUGCGCCAAUAUCCGAUUGCUUAUUAUUUAUUAUAUGUACACACAACAUAAAAAAAUUAAAACAAGUUUUAGCGUUUGGCUCAAACAAAUCGCUUUUGCCGUAUUUAUUACACUUUCAAUUCAAAUAUUUACAAUUACUCAGAUUAUAAUUUUUCAUCGUGCUAUAAUACAUUUUGGGUAAUAAACAUUUAUAUAUUUAUUAAAACAUACCCAUUUUAAUAUAAUAAUAUAGGUACCUAUAUUAUAUUACCUACCUAUGUAUAUUUUAAUAUCAUAUUUUGUCAGAAAAGAUGUUUAUUCUUAUUAUUGAGGAUGUGUGAAUGCAAUACCUAAUAGUAUUACCUUCUACAAACAAUUUUGAUGAAGGUACCCAACAUAUAAAAUUAAAUUAUUAUUGUAUAGCAAUGAAAAUAAUAAAAGGAAUCUGAAACAAAAAUAAUAAUUUUAAUUUUUCUCUUUUAUAACACUAAUGAGCCUAAAACGAAUUUUAUCACUGGUUUUUCAAUUCUUACAAUUUAUUAUACUAUUUGUUUUCAUCUCUAAACUAUUUUGAUGUAUUUAUUUUAGUCGCUGUUAUAUAAGCCAAUAUGCCUAAAAAGAAGUCAAUUUCUAACGAUGAGCCUUUAGUGUCUAGACCUCAUAGAAAUAUGGUACAUAAUAUUUAAUAAUUAUUGCUACUUGAAUAUAAUAUUAUACUGUUACUUUAAUUGAACAUUUUAUUACAGAAAGCCAAAGUAGUAUUUGAUCCAUCUGACAAUUAUUUACCAAAAAGAAAAAAUAAAAAACAGUUAGAUAAAAAAAAGAGUCCAGAUUCUAAAUUAAAACAGAUACCAGUUAAUGAAUCAUUGUUAAUUGAUAAUUCAUCUAAUGAUAUCAAUACUAGUUCACAUGUACCUGUACCUUCACCUCCAACAUCUCCUGUAAAAUCUGAAAUAAUUGAAGAAAAAUCAAAUAAUUGUUAUAUAUGUUCAACAAAUACACCAAAAUGUAUAUUUCUUGAUUGUCCAAUUUGUCUUAUUAAAAGUAUUACUAAAUUUCAUUUUAAAAAUUAAUAAAUUUAUUAUUGACAUUUUUGUUAAUAUAUGUAUAUUUUUAGCCCAUAAAGAUUGUUUGUUUGUAUAUGAGCCAAUGUGGAAAUUCAAACUGAAUUCAUGUCCUUGGAUUUGUACAAAUUGUAGAAAAAAACAUUGUAGCAAAUGCCUUAAAGAUGACUGUGAGUCGGUCAGUAAAAUAAAAUAAAUAUUUUUUAUAAUUUUAUGCCAAAAACUAAACUAUUCAAAUCUUGUAGAAGAUAUUGUGUCGCUGUAUUACUUGCAAAGUUGGUUUACAUAUGCAUUGUUAUGAAUCGUAUGAUAUUAAACCAAUGCAAUUUGUAGAAUCUGACUAUAUAUGUAUACCUUGCAUGACUUUGGCUACUCAAAAAAUACCGGAAGUUGAAGGUUACCUAUCCUAUUUAUAAAAAUAAAAAUAUGUAAUACUUAUAUAAUAAAAUAAAAUGUAUAAGCUUAUAAAAUGUACAUAAUAUAUAAUGUUUUUCCGAAUUUCACCAAGAAUUUGAUUAUCACUCGUUCUGUUUGUUAAUUUCUAUCUUUGACAAAGAGCAAAAAAAAUUGAAACGAAUAUUAAUACUAGUAUAUAAAGAUUGGGUAGUUGGUACACUAAUAUUUGCACUCUGAAAUGUUGUAGAAACCCAGUUUGUGUAUUUAUUGGACAGACUAUAAUAAUACUUAUGGCUUAUACACUUUAUUUUAUUUUAUUAUCCUAUUUAUCUUUUAUGUCUUUAUUAUAUCAAUUAAAGCAAAACAUCUUUAUAGAUUUAGCCAACACACGUUCAGCAAAUGUUUCAUUUGUGACGUCUGAAGAAGAUGAAGAUUUAAACUACAUAGAACCAUGUGAAUUACCCCUUGGACCACAAUGGGGUAACUAUGCAAAACAAUUAUGGGUUGGUCGAAACGAGAAGGUCCCAGAUGUAAAAACAUGGGAUAAAUUUGAAGUGUAUAACUAUUUAUCACAACGCUUACACUCAAAAAUUUGUACAAAAAUUCUUGAACAUGUAAGUUUCCAGUUUUGUUAAACAUUUUAGUGAAAAUACUUAUUGAGUAUUGAAUUAUAAAGUAAAUAUUUUUUUAAAGUAUUUUUAAACGAUUAUUAAUUUAAGCUAGUUACAACUUCACAUUUAAUUCUUAUAAAUUGUACUUAAUUAUGUUAAUUUAUCAUGAAAAACACAUGCGCUAUUAUUUAAAUUGUAUUUUAUGAUUUUAGGAAAUUGAUGGUUGCUCUUUGCUAUUGAUUAAACGUGAUGACGUUACAAAUAAAAUGGACUUAACACUAGGACAUGCGUUGCAAUUAUAUAAAGAAAUACGCAUUUUACAAACACGAAGUACAUUCCCAGGAGUAUAUUGGGAAUAAAUUGAUUAUAUUAUAGUUUAAAUAGUCUUGUGAUAUAAAAUUGUUUUCAAGGUUGAAUGGUUUUCUUAUAAACUGCAUUAAUCUCCAAAUAAAUUGUAUUGUAGGUUUUAAAUAAAAAUAUAAUUAAACUUAAGUUUUUCCUCAUAGUAAGUAUAUUUUCUUAAUUAUCAUUUUGGUAUUAUUAAUAUUUUAAACAAUUCUUAAAUUAUUAAUUUCUUUAUUACUACCAUUAAUAAAAAUGUAAAUUUUUUUUUUUUAUAUGAACACUUCCUACUAGAAAGCAUACUCCAAUUAUCAAGUAUAACACCUUUUUAGAAAUUCUCAUUAAUAUUCGAGAUAAUGAGGAAAUCCUGGUUCUUUAGGUUAAAUAAUAUUAUAAGAUUACAAAUAAGGUUGUCAUUGGCAAUCAUUUUUAUUUAUUUAUUGUUAUUAUUAAGUUUUUAUUAUUUUAAAUUUUAGUUAAACAAUCACUGUUGUCAUGGAAACCCACAUUUAUGUAAUUAUUUUACCAUAAUACGAUGUAUGUAUUGUUGAUAGCAAUGUUUUAUCUUUGCUUAUAGAUAUACAUUAAACUAACGUAUGUAUCCUACCAUCCCAACUUCCCACCUACAGAAGUAGCUGCAUCCACAUGCAAAGUAUGUCUAUUUUUUUGUUAAUUAUUUAUUAUAUUAAUAUUUAUAGAUAAAUUUAUGAACCUUGCCACAAGGUUAGCUUAUUUAUUUAUAUUUUGCCUUUAGACAUAUUCAACUCAAUGAAUGUGAAAAAUAGCACAACAAUUGACAUUUUUGGGGGAGCUGCCUUUAAAACUCCCCCCCUAUUUGCACUUAAUAUGCUUCUGGUAAAUGUAUACAUACAAAAAUAAUGAACAAAAUAAUAUCCAGAAUGAAAACAUUCUAUGAACAUUGCAUUAGUAACAUACUUCAUGGUAAAAUUAUUUCAAGUGCAAUUAUAAUGAAUCAUAUUUUAUUUAACAGUAUGCCAUUAUCUCUAUUCCUCG